AAGGAAAAUGUCAUGGCUUCGUUCAUUACUCAUCAAUGGCCCACAGCUAAUAAACGUGUAUUUGUUCUUCUCGUACUAUUAAUUGUGUUCGCGAUGGGUUUCUAGUUCCCUAAACGUUUGCACACCCCCGUGUGCCUACACACAAGACAUCAAAAUGCUUGCCAAAAUGGCGCCCUCACCGGACAUCAUUGUCCCCCAACAACUCUCAUCACCAACCUUGGACGCCAUCAGCCUCCGAAUACCGGACUUAUCUGAUCAUCCAUCUGCGCUUGUAUCUGCAUCCUUGAGCAAACAAACCGCCAAGAAUGAGUGCGAGCGUAUGGGACUGGUCGCUGGCUUCGGCCGACGGCCUGCUUACGAAUGAAGAGUGCUCCUUGCUGCUCGAUACCGACCUCCUUAACGACGAUGAUAUACUUAAGAGCUUUCCAAGCGCUGCGACGAAGAUCGAAUCUGGCGAGUUCGUCCUGCAGGACGACCUGUCCAGCCUGUAUCCACCCUCGCCGCCCGAGGCCAAGCCCAGCCGCGCCGAGCUCGCCAACGAUCUGUUGCAGCAGCUAGAGAGCCAGUGCAAACAAGAAAACAUAUUCUCCAACUGGCUGGAGGAGAAGGUAGACCUGCCAAUAUUCGAGAACAUCACGCAAGCGGCGGAGCCCGUGGAGGUUCCGGCCUUGUACCUGGCACCCCUGCCCGCGGCCGGCCCGCAGCCCACCGAGGAGCUGCUGCGCGAGUUCGAGACCGUGUACGGCGCUGUCGAGCUCACGCACCUCACGCCGCCGCAGAGCCCGCCCGGGCCCGCCACGCAGCUGCUGCUCAGCUACGCGCAGGCGCAGCACGCGCCCGCGCCGCACGAGCCGUGGCCGCAGCAGCAGCAGUCGCCGCAGCACCUGACCGCGCCCGCCGACUACGAACGCGAGCUGCAGGCCGUGGAGGAGCUCGUCCGCCACCGCGCCUCGCAGCUCGCCUCGCCGCAGCCGUCGGCCGGCAGCGCCAGCGCCUCCCCGCGUUCGUCGCCCUCCUCGUCGCCGCGCUCCUCCACCGACGACGACUGGUCGCUGCCGCACGGGUCGCGCCCAAAGCCCUACUCGCGCGGCGGCGACGACCGCCGCUCGCGCAAGAAGGAGCAGAACAAGAAUGCGGCCACGCGCUACCGCCAGAAGAAGAAGGCCGAGAUCGAGGUGCUGCUGGGCGAGGAGCAGGAGCUGCGCGCGCGCCACGGCGAGCUGGACACCAAGUGCGCCGACCUGCAGCGCGAGAUCCGCUACCUCAAGAGCCUCAUGCGCGACCUCUUCAAGGCCAAAGGUCUCAUCAAAUAAUUUCACCCCCUCCGCCGCCCCAAGCGAAAGAAAUCUAUCUGUAACGCGCGAACAGAGCGCUCUAUGAAUACCGUUCAAAAGAAGAUCUUAAGGAGUUAUAUUAUCGAUGUUUAAUCUAUUUUUUUAAGGCAUAUAGGCAUAAGUCGGCUAAUUAUUGUUCGCUUAUGGUAUCUGCAACCCCAUCUCUUCGAGCAGCAUUCAUCACUCAUCGAUCGAGGGAUAAGUACAUUAACACCUUUGGAAACAUCACAGGAGGCGAAAUUUCUCACCAUUCAUGCUAUUAGACGAUAGGUCGCAUUCGUUGUAUUGAAAAUAUGUAAGAAAAUAUCAAUCAUUAUGUACUUACAAUUUAAAAUUUUGUUAAUUUAAAUCCAAUGAUAUAUUUUUAUUCCUGUACAAUGGCAUUUACAUAUUUUUUUUAUCAAAUUGACGUAUUAAUUAAUUGACUGUUUAUAUUUUCAUGCAAUAAAUGGAAUGCGACGGCGGAAUAAA